GCCACCGCCACCACCACGGAGGCGGUGAUGGUGGUGCACGCCCAGAGCCUCAACCAGAUGAACCAGCGGAGGUCCCGGUCGCACUGGCCGCACCCGUCGCCGGCCACCGCGCUGCACGCUUUCUCCUCCUCCGUGACGUCCGACUCGCCGGACUGGGGCAGCGGCGGCAGCGUCACCCAAACUUCCUCCGACAAGGGAGUCUCGAAGGACAACGACUGGAGCCCCACCAAAGGUGACGGGCACUGGCUGCAGCGGCUGGGCCGCGACGGCCGUGAGGACGCCGCCGUGCUGCAGUGGAAGCGCGCGCAGGACGAGAAGAUCCUCCAGGAGCAGGAGAGCAGGUGGCGCGUCGAGGAGGCGAAGCGGGCCGAGGACCUGGACGCCGCGGAGAAGGAGGUGACUCGGGAGGAGAGUGCGGUGCCGGCGGAGAACGCCGUGCAGGACAAGGAAGGGGCCGCGAAGGAGGAAGCCGCCACCGCCGCGCCGGCCGCGACGGCCACGCCGACCACGCCACUCGUCAGAAAGGGAGACGGGAAGAAGAUCCGGAGCCUGCUGGCGGAGCUCCAGGACGUGAUGCAGAAGUACCUCCGAAGGUCGCACAGGGAGGAGCGGCAGCACCACGUCGACGACGACAACGGCAUCCAGGGCAGCAGCCACGACCAGAACACGUCCAGCUGGUGGCCGCGGCCUGAAGACCUGGCCCGCGCGUCGCUCCGCGUCCUGGUGGCAUGCCGGCAGGGCCUUGACCGCGAGGAGGACCUCCCCGACGACGGCCAGGACGGCCAGGACGCGCGUCACGUGCUGCCGCGCAUCCGAGAGUGCCUGCGCCGCCGCCUGCUGGCCGCCGUCGACUCCCUGGUGGCCGCGGACUCCAUCCCCAUCGCGUACGGCGUCAGCCUCGUCCGGCGUAGCGGCACCAGGUCAGGAGAGGACCGAGCUGAACGCGACUCGGACUUCCCCGAGGACGACGUCGAGGCCGUGUCCGAGACCGCCUCGGACCGCCCCCUCCUGCCUAGGGUGUUGUCGAAGGUGGCCUCCUUGUUCACCACGCACGACCUCCGGAUCGGGUACGGCGUCGCCGUCGAGGAGGGCCGGCGCCGCCACCACUACCGAAAGGUGUUCCCGGUGCUCGUGACGGGCUUCAUGAUCCUCAUGUCCCUGAUGGUGCCGCUGGGCUUCCAGUUCAUGGCCAUGAUCGGCGGCAAGGCGCUGCUCAUGAGCAAGGUGGCGCUCAUCAUGGCGUCCAUGUACAACUUCAGGAGGUAA